GGGACGCGCGGAACUGUACCACAUUAUACACGAAGCGUACGACGCUUGUGUCGUGUGUGAGGAUAUACCUUGGACGUUUCUUUCUCUCUCAUAUCUCGACUUUCGGAAUACCUGGCAGUGUGGAAACGGACAGAAGCCAUCAUUUGCCGUGAUGUUCAGCAUGUUUCGUGUAUGUCUGGCCUUUAUAUUGUUUAUUCUGUUCGUGCAUCACACCGAUCAACAAGCGUCCAAACAGGAGAGCAAUCCAUGCACGAACGCGCAGACGUGUGGGGAAUGUAUUCGGACGUCCAGCGUGUGCGCCUGGUGCGCCUCGGAUAAUUUCGAGAGCCACCAGUCACGGUGUGACCUGAAGGAUCUGUUUGUGGCGACGGGGAUAUGCCAAGAUGCUGAUCUGCAGUCACCGGACUUCGCCGUCAAGAUCGAGCGGGAUGACGAUGUGAGAGGUGGAGGUGUUCUGGAGGAGGCCAUUCAAGUCCAGCCACAGAACAUCACACUGAGAGUGAGACCAAACCAGCCUGUGACGCUGCAGCUGCAGUUCCGCCAGGCGGAGAACUACCCCGUGGACCUGUACUUCCUGCUCGACAUGUCCUACUCCAUGAUCCGCGAGAGGAAUGCUAAAGCCUGGCUCGUCAGGCUCGGCAAAGCCAUGUCUAAGAGUAUGUCUGAAAUAACCAAAGACGCAAAACUCGGCUUUGGAUCAUUUGUUGACAAGUUAACAAUGCCGUUUGUGGCGUGGACAGAAGAGAUGCUGACGGCGAGGUGCCCGGUUGGAGUGACGUGUCGUCGCCCUUAUGCCUUCAAGAACCAGCAGGGGCUCACUAGAAACAUGACCCUCUUUUCAGACAAAAUGAGUGACGCCUUGCAACACAUGUCACAGUCCCUGGACAAUCCCGAGGGAGGUAUGGACGGAAUGAUUCAGGUGCUAGCGUGUGAUGAUCAGAUCGGUUGGCGUGAGAGAUCUCGUCGUAUGAUUGUGUACAGUUCUAACUUCUUCUUCCACAUCGCUGGAGACGGCAAGCUUGGUGGCGCAGUUGGAUUCAAUGAUGGAGUCUGUCACUUAGAUAACGGCGGUUCUUAUUCCACGUAUGAUAAAAUACUGGACUACCCGUCUGUGAGUCAGCUGGCGGCCAAGGUGAAGGAGAAGAAAGCGAACGUCGUGUUCGCCGUCAUGGGUGACGUGUACGACGUCCACAACAGGCUGGCGUCGUUCAUUGAAGGGUCGGCCGUCGACAAGCUGGAAAAAGAUGGCACCAACAUCAUCAAGCUUGUCCGAGACAACUACGACAAACUCCGAUCAACAAUAAAGUUUUUGCCUGAGAAUGCUGAAGACAUUGAAGUGACGUUCCAGACACGGUGCACGGGGAAGGUAAUGCAGACCACGAAUGAAUGUUCAGGAUUGGAAUUAGGGGAAUCGGUUGUGUUCGAUGUGACAAUCAACGUGUCUCCCGAAUUGUGUAAACGGACCAGACGAUCGUUCGACAUCCAGGCUGUGGGAUUGGCCGAGAAGUUGACCCUCAACCUUGAUCUCAUCUGCGAGUGUGAAUGUGAGAAGCCAGGAAACGAGGAGAAGAACAGUCCGAAGUGUUUUAACGGCAACGGGACGUUUGAGUGCGGUCAGUGCACGUGCAAUCCGAAGCGGUACGGUCGGAACUGCGAAUGUGAUGAGGCCAAGCUGAGCAGUCAGAAAUCACUGGAGAAAUGCAAGUCGAACCCCAAUAGCACGGUGGUAUGUUCGGACCACGGAGACUGCGUGUGCGGCGUGUGCGAGUGUUUCUCCACAACCGAGGACAGCGCCAGACGAUACAGUGGCGAGUUCUGCGAGUGCAAUGACUACAGCUGCGACUACUACGAACGACAACUCUGUGGAGGCCCAACACGUGGUGUGUGUAAGUGUGGAACUUGCCAGUGUUUACCGGGAUACUCCACAAUAAACUGCGGCUGUUCGACUAGAAACGACACGUGCAUGGCGUCCAAUGGGAAACUGUGUUUUGGUCAGGGUGAGUGUGUGUGUGGCCGAUGUCAAUGUGACCCAAGGACUCAGUACAGAGGACCAACAUGUGAGGACUGUCCUACAUGUCCAAGCAAGUGCAGUUUGUAUCGACCAUGUGCUCAGUGUAUGGGCUUCGGAUCAGGGGAAUAUGCUUCAGACUGUUCUGAAAAGUGUUCUGAAUACCAAUUUGAAAUGGUUCCUACCAUACAAGAGUCAAAAGACGUGAGGACGUGUCCGUUCAACGACGACGACGGCUGUCUGUUUCGCUACACCUACGAAUACGACCCCGACAACAACGUCAUUCUCAGGGUGCAGACAACGAAAGAAUGCCCGACUGCGGCGCCAGUGAUGGCGAUAUCUCUGGGUAUCGUGGGUGGAAUCGUCCUCAUCGGAAUCAUCAUCAUCUUACUCAUCCUGUUCAUCAAGAAGCGCCAGGAAGCCAAGGAAUUCGCCGCGUUUGAAAGAGAGAAGGAGAGAGCCAGAUGGGAAUCGGAUGCAAAUCCCAUCUACAAGACUCCCAAGUCGACAUAUCAGAACCCGACCUACAGAGGCGCUGACAGGAAAACACCGAGCGAAGACCAGCCGUUCUUGAGUUGAGGACAGUGAUGGCUGAACCCUUGUUAACUUCGAGAUACUGAUGGUUGAACCAUUACUAAAGUCCACUGGAACUUUCUUAAGUCCAUUGAAACACUGUUACGUUCAAGGACAUUCAUAUAGAUGUGAUCCAUUCUUAAGUUCAACAGACUCAUAUUCGAACAUUAUUAAGGCCAUUAAUAUAUGAGUUAUUCUAAGUCCAGGAUACCAUUAGAUGGACUGUUAUUACAAUUCAGACACUGACAUCUGAACCAUUGUUACGUCUAGGAUACUAUUUACUAAAACAUAUUCUUACGUUCAAGCCAUUGAUAGUUGAACUAUUAUUAAGUUUGGGGCUUUCAAAGUUGGAAUUAUUCUUAAGUCAAAAGAUUGAUAGCUGAACCAUUCUAAAUUUAGGAUGCUGGUUCUGUUCAUUCCAUUUCGAUGUCAGUAAAACGACCAUGACAAUCUUAAAUACUUGUCAGUCUGAUGACUUCAGAAAUAAUUCUAAACAUACUGUUGUUGAAAGAUUAAUGGCUAGAAAGUUUGUUUUAAUUCAGUUAAAAGGUAAUGAAGCUGGCUAUAUAUUAACAGCUUAUUUACUAAUAAGAUAUAUUUAAAUAUUUACUCUUCUGUAUGUUAUAGUAAUCAAAAUAUUUGUUAUUCUCUUUGUGGCCAUAAUAUGUGAAGAAUACUGCCAAGCUUUAAUUUCCGAUAUACUAGUACUACUCAUGAAAACAGAGGGUUUUUUCUCAUUCAUGUUGUGUCAUAAUUACCGUAAGAACAAAUUUAUUUUCAAUAUGCCUUGUUGGAUAACUACAAGUUUGGGCAUGUAUCGUCCUGGACCCCGUUCCAUGAAGCGAUCGUAGUACUAAGAUCACCGUAACUUAGUGCAUACGGUAGUUAUACAGAUAUGGUGAUCUUAGCGCUAAGAUCGCUUCGUGGAACGGGGCCCAGGGGAGUAGAAGUCCACGUGUAGACAAAGCACACGACAAAACUUCCCUUUAACUCUUCCUAGUGCAGAGAUACGAUUUUUGAUUGCGCUAAUGUUUUUGUUUUUUUAUUCAGAUUAAUUGGUAUUUGUAAAAGAGUUGGCCUAAACGUGUUUAUUAAGGGGUCAUGCAAAUACCAAAAUUGGGUUGACAAUUCCUCAGAUAUAUUUCUUAAUAUAUCAUCCCUUAUGGUUUGGGUAAUUCCCAUAUCAUUUAUUAUGUCACCAGAAUCCCUUUUGACUUUGAGCAUAAUUAUUCAAACUGCCUUAUCUUUUUUGUUACAUAAGAGCAGUGGAUGUUUGCAAUGAUAUUUUUCUUUAGUAAACUCCUCCAGUGCGGAGUUCAUGUUUUCAUAUCGUGAUGUGUAUUGAUGUUGUAUACUGAUGCUACAGACUUGUGGCUGUGUUACCUAGUAUACUGUGUAUUAGCAGUAUAACUGUGUAUACUAUUUGUUACUCAUCUUUAAAUACCACACAUCACCGAUAACGGCAUAAUAUGUUGCCAUAUUAAUUCAGUCUACAUUAGUAUAAGGUAGGGCACUCUGUUUACAUACUCGUGUAUUCAUUAAAUGUUAAAAUACGUCCAUUCUGGUACAAGUUCAAAACUGCAACGGAAAACGUGUUUAGAUGUCAACCUUUACCUAAGAAAUAAUUUUAAAAGGUGACAGAUGCUUAUUAAGAUGAAAAUACUACAUUUAUCAAAUCACUGACGUAAACCAUUUAACAUCAAGUCAAAGAUAUGUUUUUAGGAAUACUUCUUGUUAGAUGUAACAACGAAUAGACACCAAAUGCAUCUAUCAAACUAGUUGUUUUUUUAAUCAGUACAUCAGGAUUUGAUAGUGUUGUGAUAACUAUUAUAAACAGUUACUGGAAACGUGUUAAAUUUAAUGGAUCGAAAACGAUUAUUCUUAUAUAAUAUUAUUUACCAUUCAAUACAUUCAUAUCGCUGGUUCCAUGAACUAUAGUUGUGUUCUGUGUUAGUAUUCAGUCACAUACGAAGGCUGGCUUUCCAUAUGUACGCAAGCCUUUGAUAAUUCAAUAUUUGCGUAAACCAUUUAUCGGUUAAGCAAAAAUAAAUUCAGGUAACCCAUUUUCUUUUUAUGUAACACGUUAUGUCCAUUUAAAUAAUGUCUUAAAUUUAAUGCGCGAACGGAAAAUAGGUUAAAUUAAAUCGUUCUCGCAAUUUUAAGAGGUCUGUAUGUACGUCAUCCGUCAUGCGUUUGACAUGAGGAAUUUGUCAUAUGUGAAAACACUUUCCACAUAUACGAUUAUAGGGUUAUGCCCUGUACUGCAAAAUUUGGGAAAAGGAGUUUGAAGUGAUCGAGGAGAAUUCUAGGUCCGUCACGGCACGUAAUCCGCAACAAACGCAUCGGGUUGCGAUUAAAACAGAGUGGGAUGACGUGUGCCGGGCACUCACGGACAUAUGGAAAGGGUGUAAUAAGUUUAGUAGGCGAGCGGUUUUUUAAUGUGACGGAUGACGGACGCAAAAAACGUAUAUAUGAAAAGACAGCUCAGUACUGUUCUGCCAAACCAACUGAACAAGUAGUUAAAAUAGGGCAACACUGUAAAAGGAAUACUUGACACAUGGCUGAUAAUAGUUCUACCCAAUUACCAAGACAGUAUUUUGAACUCACACAGUAUUUCUUUGAAAAUAGUCGUAUACCCACAAAUGGGGGCUAGACUGUUUUCCGAGGAAUGUGUUUUUAAUUCCCAUUGUGACGUAUUUUUUUACAUUACUCAAUAGUCGAUGGCGAAUUUCUGAUUGAUCAAGAGUGAGUAUAUCAGCUGGAUGCAAUUGUUUAAGAACAGUGAUUCUGAUAAAGAACUAUAAAUUAAUCGACCCCAUGUAGCAUAUUUACAUAAUUAACUACGGCGCAAAUAUUGGUUUCCAUUAGAAGAUAGCAGACAGAAUUUAUUCAUCAUGUAUCAAGGCGAUGCAAUUCAAAUUCAAAUUUCUUUAUAAAACAAUAUUUUUUCAAUAAACGAAGUGAACAGGUAAACAGCCAGAAGGCCUCCAAAUUGUGACGUCACGUGUUAACAUGUUGGUCAUCCAUAAUGGAGUUUGUAAAAAUAUAAAUUUAUAAAAUAGUACAAAAUGAAAUUAUUUGAAUCAAAUUUAAUUAUUUUGUGGAAAGGAAUAAUCUUACAUUUCACGAGACAAAUUAAUAAAUAUUGUUGGUCAUUUAUUGUUCUUAAACUCGAUUCAUGCCCCAACAUAGUAUGUUUCGUCCGCUCCAGACCUUGGCACCAUUUUGCUACAACUAUUAUGUUACCUGAAUGGAACAUUUUAUUGAAAGGGGACAUACUAAUAUUUCCCAGAGAAUUUAGUCUUAGAAGCUAAGUUGUGAUAUAACUUUGGUUUAGCGGCCAUUGCCAAACUAACAUAGUGUUGUGUGAACGAUCUGUGACCAUGAGUGUUUUUUUCUUUACGUUGUGUUGUUGACUAUAAAAGAAAGAAAAACAUUUUGUAAAAAUUAUAGUUUACAAAUUUCACUUAUUCAUGACACAUUUAUUAUUUUUAUUUAACAUAUCUAAGUUCGUAUAUAUAUUGGAGUUUGUAAUGCAAGUCUUUUUUUAUUUAGGCGGGUUGCCUGCUUAUAUUAGUGUUAAUGUAUUGCAUAAUAAUGUAUUCUAUACGAAUAUGCUUUCACAGCUGUAUCAUUAGUUGUAGAGAUAUUAGUAUUUGGCUUUAUUAUUUAUUCGACGCCAUCAUUCCAGUCACGUGUCUGUUACCAAUAUUUCAUACUACCUUAAAUUAACGGUAGUACAACAAGGCCUUACCUAGCAGGGGAUGACCGGGAAGAAGUUGGGAGGGGGGGGGGGGGGG